CGUGACGUCACUCGCAGCCGUCCAAUCACUGCGCAGCGUGCCGCGAGCAGGAAGUGGCGGAGUUUGCUGCGGCUGAGCAAUGGCUGCGUCGGCUCGGGUUGUGCAGUUGGUCAAACCGCGUAUUCCACUGAUCAAGUUUCAUAGCAGAAAUCCUCCCAAAGUUUCUAAUGCUCAGGAAUUGGGAAAGACUGCCAUCAAUCUGGUAGGCACAGCAGGCUCGAUGCCGGUGAAGAGUCUGCCAAUGGAGACGCUAGACCCGUUGCCUCCACGUUUCCGGCGUAAGGCCCUCGACACGAUUGAAAUGGAAUACAUACAGCGAGGCGGUCCAGAUUGAGAGACAUGCACUCACCAUUACUUGGUGGUUGCUGAAGAUUAAAAGAGAAUACUGAAAUGGAUCACCACAUCCAGCACAUGCUGCUUAGACUUGUGGCAAGAGCCAAAGUCAUACAUACAACUUGUGCAUAACUUACAAACACGAAGUGUACUGUUAUACAAGACACAGUCUUAUGUCACCUGAGUCUAAGCAUAUGCACCAAUAUAUCUCCUAUUAAAUUAUUAUAUUACUCAGAAUUGCAUUUUGUGGGAACUGAUAUUUUUGUUUUGGGUUUCAGUGACAUGGCCAUUUUUAUUUGGUCUGAUUGUUAAUUAUCAAACUGCUAUGGGCCCCAUUUUACCGUAUUAACACAAAUGUAUUUUCCUGCAUUACCUAAUAAAGUUAUUAUAUAAAGGUA